AUGAUUUUCUACGGUGUGCCGAUGGCUCUACUGAAGAAAUGUGUUGAAUUGGACAUGAACUACUUACCCCUGUACUUAGAAGAGGGAUUACGUCUUAGCUUUGCGAAACAACAGAAUGCCAAUGCACAACCAACUAGCACUGUAUUUUCCGCCAAAAAUUCGCCAAGGUUUACUAGACCAGCAAGACUCGGAAGUUCUGGAACGCAGAGAACAAGAGUAUUUCAAGGCUCCCAAAUGAUGGCAACGAGUGCACCCUUUCGACGCCAGUAUCCUUCCAAUGGCAGAAACCCAUUCUUUAAUCGUCAACAGCAAAUGGUUACAAAUGCGCCAUUUAUCACUCGUCAACAACAAACACAGAAUUCCUGGAACAAUCAAAACAAGCAAGCUGACCGUUUCGGUUCAAAUUCGAAACAAAGACAACACCCAAUGCAACAAAACGCAAUACAACCUCAAAAGAACAUGGUGAUGAGUGGACUUCCUACAUUUCACCCCGUUCUUCGACAUUUCGCCCAACCCUAUCAAUUUAAAAAAGAACAAAUAACAACACAAGCGCCACCUGUCACUGUCAUACAGAGGUUCUCUCCCCCUAACUAUGCUUUUGGUAACGUGAAUAAAUCGCCAUCUUAUAAAUUUGAACCAUCAGUACAGCCACAAAGACAAAAUCAAAGACAAGAACAACAUCCAAUGGCCGAAAGCUUGAUUAAUAUAACGCCUCCUCCACCACCAUCACAACAGAUUCGGCAGGCCCAGGGAGGCGGGGGUGGAAGAACGAAAUCCGGCGGUGGAAACAAUAAACCGCUUAUGAAAAUUGGAAUUGAUAACAAGAAAAUGAAUAAUCCGCCUCCACAAUUGUUGGCUAACAACGUCCCUUUUUUUCAAAAGCCAAAUUCGCAAAGAGAUUGGAUGAACAACCCAAACCCUAGACGACGGGGCGGUAAUCGACGGCCCAAUAGACGAGGGAAAAAUUUAAAUUGGAUGAAUAAGGGAAAACGGGGAAGGCGACCUGGUAAGCAGCGUCAAAGACCAAUGCCAGAGAUGACAACACUUCAACCAUUCAACCAACCAUUCGACCCUCAAGCCCCCUUCCCAGGACAGCAGCAGCCAGGGUUUCCAUUCCAUGGCCCUGCUUUGUUUAACAACCAAGGACCAACAUUUCCAACGAUGCCACCAAGCAGGCCAACCGGACCACCAACCGGACCACCGACUGGGCCACCGACAGGGCCGCCAACCAUGCCGACAGAGCCGCCAGUUUAUCCACCAACAGCUCCUUCACCAUAUGCUCCUACAUUUCCACCGCCAACUGAUCCAUUUUACGUGCCGACAUCACUUAACCCCACUACCAGAGUGACGCCGGCACCCACUAGGGCGGCGCCCUUACCAAAAACGACCAUUGAUGGAAUAGGUAAUUCCUGUCACCACACAGCAGAAUGUAGCGCCGGGUGUUGUUUUGACCAAUCUGGAGCCAUGUUGGAUACUGACACUUAUGGACCAAAUGGCCUCAAAAAUGGUCUCGCUACCGGUACCUGUCAGAUGAAACAGCCUGGUCUUGGUGAAACAUGCGAUGACCUCUGUGCCUGCAAGACAGGGUUUGAAUGCUAUCGCCGGUAUAAGCCCAACUACAAACAAGGGAAAGUUAUGGCCCAAAAUCCCUUGUACGAGCCACCAGAGCCUCCCUCCAAACCUCGACGGACUUGUAUGCGAAAGGCUGUAUCUCUGGCCGAGCGCUGGGCGUUCUGGAAAUGUUACUUCGAUACAGCUUGUUCUGGACCAUUGUUAAAGUAG